AUGUUGACGAAAAUCAGCGGCAGAAGCGGCUGAAUCGGCUGAAUCCAUUGAAUUCAAAAUUGAAUCAGGGAAUCAGUAUGGAGAUGGAGGUAGACUGCACAGUGGACGUAUAUGGCGACUGGCACCGGCACUUCAUGCAGGCAAUGCUUAGCCAGCCAGCAAUCUCUGCAGAUGGGUUGAAGAAGCUGGUUGGUGACAUUUCAGGUAACACCAUCCGUGACCUCGAUCAGAUUAAGACCUUCCUGCUAACAGUGCGUUCCAAAGUGCACUCGUUGGGAUUGGACCUAAAGAAGGGCCUAUCGGAGCGGGACGGUCGCCCGGUGUACGCACUGAUUAACACUUCGGGCGGCGAGGAGACGGUGGCGUGCGCGGCCUUCUCGGAGGUCCAGCUGCGCUACCUGCGCGCCCUCAUCCAGGAGGUGGUGACCUCGGUGCGCGGCGAUAUCUCGGCCAUGGCCGCGCUCAACCUGGCCGACGGCAUGCCCAAGGCGGACGCGCAGGAGCUACUGCGCCGGCUGGUGCGCGACUGCUGGCUGGAGGAGACCGACAGCCGGCUGGCGCUGCACACGCGCGCCAUCCUCGAGCUCGAGCCGUACCUGUUGCGCCACUACGGCGAGCACGUGCCCCGGUGCCAGAUGUGCGGCAAGAUCACCGUGCGCGGCCGACUGUGCGAGCAGGACGGCUGCGGCGCCAAGAACCACCACCACUGCCUGGGGAAGAUGCGCGACAAAAUGGGAGUGGUCAAAUGCCAGAAGUGUAACUCGCUCAUGACGGAUGAAGACUGAGGAGCAAGUAUCGUCGCCAAAGGCUUGAAAUGAGUGAGUACAAAGAUUGAUCAUUGUUCAGUGCUACUGUGUAUCAUCGUAUCGAGAACAACGUUUUAUAAAUACAUACCCAUUGCGUUAA